AAAGUGUCCGGACUGGAAAGGGGGGAAAGUGUCCGGACUGGAAGGGGGGGGGAGUGUCUGGACUGGAAGGGGGGGAAAGUGUCCGGACUGGAAGGGGCGGGGAAAGUGUCCGGACUGGAAGGGGGUAAAAGUGUCCGGACUGGAAGGGGGGGAAAGUGUCCGGACUGGAAGGGGGGGGAAAGUGUCUGGACUGGAAGGGGGGGAAAGUGUCCGGACUGGAAGGGGGUGAAAGUGUCCGGACUGGAAGGGGGGGAAAGUGUCCGGACUGGAAGGGGGUGAAAGUGUCCGGACUGGAAGUAGGGAAACUGCCCGGACUAGAAGGGGGGGGGGGAAGUGUCCAGACUGGAAGGGGGGGGAAAGUGUCCAGACUGGAAGGGGGGGAAAGUGCCCAGACUUGAAGGGGGGGGGAAGUGUCCAGACUGGAAGGGUGGGAAAGUGUCCGGACUGGAAGAGGGGGAAAGUGUCCGGACUGGAAGAGGGGGAAAGUGUCCAGACUGGAAGGGGGUAAAAGUGUCCGGACUAGAAGGGGGGGAAAGUGUCCGGACUUGAAAGGGGCAGAGGGUGUUCCUGGAGUCGAGGCGGAGAACAGAG